AGAAGACUACAUUGACAUGGAACUCACCUCUUCAUCUUCUUCUUCCUCCAAUUUAUUCUGCUAUUCCAUCGAAUCCCCACCGCAGUCCAGAGAUUUCGAGUUCCAAUUCCAGAUGACGUCAUUUUCCGGCCAAACAGAGCCGGCAACUUCGCCGGCCGACGAGCUCUUCUACAAGGGAAAAUUGCUCCCCCUCCACCUCCCUCCCCGUUUACAAAUGGUCCAAAAGCUCCUCCACAGCCCCUCCUCCCAAAACCCAUCAAUAAAAGAACAAUCUUUUUCAGAAAAUUUCCCAAUUCCUUUAAUUUCCAUUGCAGCACCUCUCGAGUCGGGCAGUUUCUCACCCACUGAGUCGUGCAGAGCGAGUUGCGAGCUGAACCCAGACGAGUAUUUGGUGGGAUGGAGAGGGGAAGAAAUCAAGGGCUUUUUGGGGGACCCUCCAAGAAAAUCAUGGUCUAAAAAAAUGAAGCAAUUGAAGAAUUCUUCACAGGCUUAUUUCAAGGCCAUGUUUGGGAAAUCUGGCUGUUCAAACAAGUCCUCUGCUAAAUCUGUUUUCAAUGAAGAAACAGCAGAGGGCGUUUUGGGAAGUUCAGGGCAGUGUGAUAAAGUUGUGAAGAAGAACCCAUUUGGGAAAAUCGAUUAUAACAAAUGGAAGAUGCCAAACAGUGGCUUAGAGAAGGAGAAAAUUGAGGAAUUUUAUGGUGGGAUUUUGAAUAACCAUAGAAGGUCAUUUUCAGGGGCGAUUCAGAGGAAUUCUUCUGCAACUAACAAUAAAUCUUCUUCUUCUUCUUCUUCUUCUUCUUCUUCUUCAGCUUCAUCCUCUGGUUCUUCUUCUUUUUCUUUCAGUUCAAAUGGGUUUUCUGAUCUGCAGUUGUUUAAGAGAAGUAUCAGUGAAAAUUCAGAGAUUGAGAGCUCAAUUGAAGGGGCAAUUGCCCACUGUAAAGAGUCUCAGAAGCUGUUUGGAAGUUCAAAGAAAAAUGAAAGGGAAUCUCAAGCAGAAACUUGUUCUCUAUCUGCUUCAAAGAUUUUCUUGCCUUGUGGGGAUCAGAAAAGUUCAGGACUUUGCUCCAUUUGAUGGUAAAAAUGCUCUCAUGGAUACUCUGUUUUUUGUUUCCCCUGUUUUUAAUGGAGGGUCUGCUGAGAAAGUUGAAGAGAGAUGUUCAACAAUGGAGGAUUCCGUUUCAGGAUGAACAAGAACAAGAACAAGAUAGUUUUAAGAUAGUUUAUUGUUGGAGCAAGUUUGUCUAAAUCAUUGAAUAUGGCCUUUUUCUUUUAUCUUUCUGUUCUUUCAUUUCUGUACAAAAUUGUAUAGUUGUUUGAGUUCAAUCAAACAGCUCUUGGGUUUGAAUACUUUUGAGUCUUUUCCUCUCGCACACUCGUAAACUUUUGAAUUGAUCGGUGAUUUAACGUGAUAUCAAAACAUCACUCCAUUCAUUUUGAGUAACU